UGAGGACUGGCACACACUGACUCCCAUGUUCUGCUAAUGCUCUGCCUGUAAUUGGCCCCAGGGGCAGCACCAUGUUCCUGCCUCCAGCCAGGAAAGGAUUCUCUAUAGAGGCAUUGGUGGGUCCGGACAGGAGCCCAGAAGAGCCUCUUAGACCCACUGCUUUAAAGUACCCAGAAGUUGGCCACGGGCUAGCCCCUGCCCACCUCCGCCCUGGGAUCCGCUUGUUCGGGGCCCCAGAUCUGGUAUUCCCGGAGCCCGCAGCUAACCCCUAUGGGCAUGGUCUUGGCAUCCACCAACACCGCUUACUGCACAGGGAUCCGCUCAGCUUCUGCCCCUGGAUCCUGAGACAUCGGCUACCUGGGGAAGAGAAUACUCCAGAGAACUAUUUGCUUCAGGGACCUUUUUCACGGAAACCUAAACGAAUACGAACUGCCUUCUCUCCCUCACAACUGUUACGCCUUGAAGGAGCCUUUGAAAAGAACCAUUACGUAGUUGGGACAGAAAGGAAACAGCUUGCAAACAGUCUGUGCCUCACAGAGACCCAGGUAAAGGUGUGGUUUCAGAACAGAAGGACGAAACACAAGCGUCAAAAAUUAGAAGAAGAGUGUCCAGACACACAGCAAAAAAGAAAAAGCAGUCAGCAUAUCAGCAGAUGGAGAAUGGCAACCUGUCAGAACAGCCCCAAGGACAUAGAUGUUACAUCAGAUGAAUGA